CUUUACUCACACCUCCCCACAAACAGCUCAUUCAUAUAAUCUCCUCCUCCUCCAUCAUGGCAGGCAGAGCCUACAAAAUUCAUCAUAGAAUAACUGUCUGCACAAACUAACGUGCGCCAUGGGCGGCGACGGCGACAACAACGACUCCGACGACAGAGUCACGGUCGCGAGGAAAUUCCGUCUACUCGUCGAGAAAGCAGAUCGGAAAUUCGUUCGAGUUCGUGAUAUACCAAUAAACCCUAAUAAAUUCCCAAACCAUUACUACCGCAAAGUAUUCAAAGUGUACACACAGUUAUGGAGAUUUCAGCAGGAGAAUCGGGCGAAACUUGUUGAAUCGGGUUUGCAGAGAUGGGAGAUUGGUGAAAUUGCGUCGAGAAUCGGACAGCUUUACUUUAAUCAGUAUAUGAGGAGUAGUGAGACGAGGUUUUUGUUAGAGUGUUACGUUUUUUAUGAAGCUAUUUUGAACAGAGCUUAUUUUGAUGAUCAGAGUAAAGGAGUGAUGAGGAGUGUGAUGAAGAAGAAGGAUUUGAGUUUGAAGUAUAAGGAAUUGAGGUUUUUUGCUAGGUAUUUAGUUGUUGCUUUGAUUUUGAAUCGGGUGGAUACUGUUAAGCUUCUGGUUGAGAGGUUUAAGGCUCUUGUUGAUGACUGCAAAUCUACUUUCAAGGAGACUAAUUUCAGAGAAUGGAAACUAGUGUUGCAAGAAAUUGUCCGCUUUUUGAAGGUUGAUACAACGUUUAUGGAUGCCAAGCCUUUGAGAUACUGUGCUAAAUUUGACACUUAUCCAGCCUCACUAUCACAUGUUGCUCGUUUUCAUGCAAAGAGGGUUCUGAAGUUGAACGAUGCAUUACUGACGAGUUAUCAUCGUAAUGAGGUGAAGUUUACAGAACUUACCCUUGACACUUUCAGAAUGCUGCAAUGUUUAGAGUGGGAGCCUAGUGGAGCUUUCUUUCAGAUGCGUACAACAGAACCAGACAAUCAUGUUAACUCAAACGGUCAUACUGAAGCCUCUGGUCUGAUAGACAUAAAUCUUGCUAUGGACAUGACUGAUCCAACUUUGCCAUUGAAUCCAAGGAAGGCAAUUCUUUAUCGCCCAACAGCAACACAUCUGGUCUCGGUCAUUGCGACAAUUUGCGAAGAGUUACCUCCAGAUAGUGUUUUUCUGAUUUACAUAUCAGCCUCAGGAAAAUCUGGAAAAACUACUACUUCUCACAUUCAGACUGUUGGAGCUUCAAGAAACUCGCUAAACAACAAAGUUGACUCUCAGUCCUUCCGUGGAAGUGAUGAGGGAGACUCCUAUGACUCCGGUGAAGAUUACCUGUGGUUAGGUCCUAAAGGAAGUGCUGGUUCAAACAACCUCUACCCUGGUGAUUUAAUUCCAUUUACUCGGCGGCCACUUUUCUUAAUAGUGGAUAGUGAAAAUAGCCAUGCAUUCAAGGCUUUACAUGGGGCAGAACGGGGAGAAACAGCUGCACUACUUCUUUCUCCUCGAAAACCAGCAUUCUGGGGUUCAUCGUCUGCUGGUGAGCCUUCGAAAGACGGGAGUCAGUUUACAUUAUUCUUGACAGCUCCUUUACAAGCAUUCUGCCAAUUGGUUGGCCUCUCUUGUUCAGACAUUGAUAAGGAGAUCUACAGCCAGGCUGAUGAAAUACUAUCCUCUGCAUUCUCUAAGUGGGAAAUAAAGCUCUGUAAGCCAUAUAGCCUGGAUUUGGUUUGGGCUCAAGUGUUACCCGAUCCCUUUCUGAGGAGGCUUAUUCUUAGGUUUAUAUUCUGUCGAUCUUCCCUGUACCUAUUUUGCCUUCGGGAAGACGGUGAAGAAUAUCUGCCCGAUUGCCUACCCAAGCUUCCGGAUGACGUUUCUCCAAGUUCUGAAGCCAUGCAAUCUAAUAUACUUCAACUUGCAGAAUGCCUUGGGGUGACCAACCAUUUUAACUUUGAUAUAUGCUGAUGUGUAUUAUACUCCGCAAGGGUGAGAUUAGGAAGAUUGUAUGGAAGAUUGUAGAUAAAAUGGUGGUCCUUACAGAACCCUGGUUUUCUCGACUCAGUCGAUUGAUCCUGGUUCGCGGACGGCUCCAAAUCGGGAACAUAAUCCAGUGUAAUUUGUGAGAUAAAUUUAGUUCUUAUGUAGCAGAGUCAUCCCACGACGGUCUUCACUCUCUUUUUUUCUUCUAUUCUUUUUUUUUUUUUUUUUUUUUUUUUUUUUUUUUUUUUUUUUUUUUUUUUUUUUUUUUUUUUUUUUGAUUUCAUGCUAGUUUGCUGGUAGACGGUUUAUGUCGAAGCUGUGCAGGAUCUUUGUGGUUGUGACUGUGAGAGUCCUAUAUUUAUCCGCGUGUUAGUUACCUCCUAAGGAGCUUCUGCUGUAUAAUUAAUUUGAUUGCAACUGCGUACCUGGUAGGUAACUGCUGGUUGUAACAGAAAAUAGAGCUAAUUUUAUUUAUUUUUAUGUAUACCCUUGUAAAAGAACUCAAGUAAUACAAUGAUGAAAAGUAAUGAUUUUUUUGUCA